AUGGAUCCCAACACCUCGAUCCUCUCGGCCCAGGCCGCUCCCCAGGCUGCCGAAGGCACCUUGGUGAUCAUUGUGUGCCGAGCUAAACACUUGCCCAACCGACGCAAAUUAGACAAACAAUCACCCUACGUAACCCUCAGACUUGGAACCACCGCCAAAAAAACUCCGUCCCACUUUCGUGCCGGCCAAACCCCGGACUGGACCCACGAGAUCCGCUUCGACUUGACCAGAGAACGAAAACCCAUCUUGAAACUCGACGUGUUGGAUGAAACCAAAAACGACCCCACGCCCAUUGGAACCUGUGACAUCGAUUGUAGUGUGAUUUUCCAGCAGGAAAAGCACCAGGACGGCAAGUAUAUCCACGACAUGUGGUACGACUUGUCGUUGAACGGCAGAAGGGCCGGUACCAUUUACUUGGAGAUGACUUUCUACCCCAGCGCCCCGGUAUUACCACCAAAGCUUUAUGAAAAUGGCGACUAUGAGACGUCCCACAUGCGGGGGUCCGGCUCCAGCUACCUGUCGGGCUACGGGUCCGCCAAGGACUUGCCAGCACCGCCACGGCACCCGUCUCAGUCGAGACAGCCCAGUGUGGUGGAUGAUAUCUUUGUGAGCGCAGACGCUAAGAAAAAGUCGUUGUUCAGAAAUUUGGUAGGGGAUGUACCUGAUACUUCCAAUGGGGCUGAGGAUGACGACGUGUUUGUGACGCCAGGUACCAGUCCUGAGAAGAAAAGCCGGUUUGCUAAGCUCACCAAACUCAAAAGUAAGUUUCAGAGCAAAGAUCCUAUCAGAACAUUAUGGAGUGCGGAGGAGCGAGAACGUCAUGAGCGGGGGGACCGGGUGACCCCCAUUGACAUCAAGGAGUUUGAUAAUCUCGAUGAGCUUGAGCGAGAUAUUCAGUUCAACAGUCCCAGAAGUCCUCAAUUUGCAGCCACCGCAGACGAUUCGUUUGACGUGCCCCCCAGCCCACCGCCGCACUCCGAGUACCUGCCAGUCCAACCGCACUCGCAUACUCCCCUGCCACACCAAACGCCUCCAUUAAAAACAUCUCCGCUAAGAAAACCUCCUCCCGAAACCGGUGUCAAAGCCUUCAAAAACCUCAACCUUGGUUCUCCUGCCACCACAUCGAUUCCAUACUCGGCUGAUACAAUUGGCCUUGACGAUGAAGAUGGCGGUUUGCCUACCAAGGUAUAUUUCAUGGAUAAGCAGGUAAAAUCGUUAUCGCACUCUUCGCUGCCUAGUGCGCCGGAGCCCGUGAACAAACACGAAAUUGACCCCAAAUUCUAUGCCCCUACGCCAGGCGAGCACUUCAGCCGGAGUCGGCGUGAGGAGGACAAGCGGACGAUGGACUUGCGGACGCGCGAGACCGGGUACUUGGGAGACGGUCAGUGGGACCAGAAGUUCAGUCCUUCAAUAUUUGAUCGGAUUCCCAACGAUGAGAACUUGGGAUUUGAAAACAAGCCACAUGUGCCUCCUAAGAUACCGCGGGGGUUGACGGAGCAGGAGUACUAUGUUCUUGAUAAGGAGAAUUAUUUGCGGGACAUCAAUGGUAAGAGGGCGUAG